AUGGCUGAUAACAAAGAAGAUUACGAGAACUAGUCCUUCGAGGCUGCUGAAAACAACGACGAAAUGGAUAAAACACCAGGUCAAGGGCAAAAUAAUGAAUAGGAUGAAUAGUAUUACUAAGAUUAACAAGAUGGUCAACCUACUAUUCAAGAUUAUCUGUAUUUUACCAGAAUUAAAAUUUAUCACUCUUUAGGAGCUGAGUAAUUAUUGGGACAAAUAUCAGACAUUAAGUAUGAUGCUGAAAAACGUAUCAAACAAGCCUUAUUUUAAAAACAGGAAAGAGAGAAAUCUGAUUUGGAGAAGCAGCACACAGAUGAAUUCGAGAACUUCACAAUGUCAUGGGAUCAAGAGAUCAGGAAUAUCUAAGAGACCUCUGCCAUUCUAAUUGAGUAAAUGAGACAGAAACACGCUCGAGAAAUAGAGGAGCUGAGAAUGUAUCUAGAGUAAUCAAUCUCACUUAACUUCAAGCCAUCUCCUGAAUUGUUAAACUUAAGGAAGGUACAAUAGACUCUUUCUAAAUAGAAAAAUUAUACUGAGGCUAAAAAGGUCUAAAAUGUAGUCAAAGAACUUGAAGAUAAGGAAAAUGAAAAAUAUUUAGCAUAGAGAGAGGAGAAGAUUAGAACUUAACUGGCUCAUAUGGAACACAAACACUCUCUUGAAAGAGAAGCACUUAGGAAGAAGAUUGACACUUAACUCAAGGAGAAGGAUAAGAUUAGGAAAGUAUAACAGCAAGAACUGCUUCAAAGAUUCCUAAAUGGCAAAAAUGAAUAAAGUUUGAUGUAGAAAUUAGAGACCAGUAAACUUAACAAUUCACUUAAGAUCAAGGGCUAUGCCAGCACUAUAGUAGGAAAGCAUGAUGGUUCAUUCAAAACAGUGUCCCCUCAAACACUUAAGAAUUGA